AACGUUGUCUAGACUGUCAACAAAAACUUGUUGUUUGGAAAUUUGUGUCCGCCUGUCCGGGAGUUACACUGAAAAGUGAAAACUGCGCGAAGAAACUGAUUCUUCGCGAUAUUAUAAUUUGAAAUACAUUACGUGUGAAACGUUAUUUUUUGAAUUAUGAGUCGAAAUCCCUCUUCCUCGGCAGUUCCAAAUGCAGCUGGUCAGCCGGCUGGUGUAACAACAUCAACCAGCACUCCAUCUGCAUCUGGUCUUGAAGUCCUUGGAAUACCCGGAGGAACAUUUCUCAGAGAAGCUUUAACUUCGUGUAGUGAUCCUCUUCAAGCUAUCGAAGAAUUUCAAGUUGAAAAUGGAAUACUUCUACCUUCUUUAAGACCAAUGAUGCCACUUUUGGAUUUACACGGAGUAAAGCGGCUUGAUUUCCACAUAUCUGUCAUGGAGGCACUUCGUGAUAAGCUUUUGGCCCAAAUUGCUGAUUUAGGCCAAAAAGAAGGAAAAGAGAAAGACAAGAAAUUGAAAGAAUUGCUGAACAAAAGCUUUCUUGUAGUUAAAACUAAAGCUCUAAGGCCAGUUGUUAUGGCAGUUAUGAAACACCUUUCUCAUGUUGAUGAAAAAUACCUCAAAGUUUUGGUGAAAGACAAAGAACUUUAUGAUGAUUGUGAUACUGUGGUUAAGAGGCAAAUGUGGAAAGACAACCAAUCCCUUUUUGGUGAUGAGGUAUCACCUUUACUCAGUCAAUAUAUCAAGGAAAAAGAACAACUUCUCUUUGAUCAAAAUAAUCUGACAAAUUUGUUUUUCCUGCCAUCUCCUAAGGUUCGCCGCCAAGGAGAAGUGGUCCAAAAGCUUGCGCAUAUGAUCGGAAAUAACGUUCGGCUGUACGAUAUGGUUUUACAGUUCUUACGAACAUUAUUUUUACGUACUCGUAACGUUCAUUAUUGUACUUUGCGUGCUGAACUGCUUAUGGCUCUACAUGAGACGGAAGUGCAAGAAAUUACAAACGUUGAUCCAUGUCACAAGUUCACCUGGUGCGUGGAUGCUUGCAUAAGGGAACGUAAUGUCGACACCAAACGUUCUCGAGAGAUUCAAGCGUUUCUCGACGGUAUAAAAAGUGGCCAGGAGCAAGUUCUUGGAGAUCUGUCUAUGAUGCUGUGCGAUCCCUAUGCCGUCCAUUUCUUAGCUACGUCAUCGUUGAAGAUUUUGCACAACCUUGUUGCAUCGGAAAGUUUGCCUCGAGAACACCAUAUUUUACUUUUGUUGUUACGGAUGCUUGCGCUCGGUUUAAGCGCAUGGCAGAUGAUCGAUUCUCAGGAAUUUCGGGAACCACGGCUUGAUUCUCAAGUUGUCACGAAAUUUCUUCCGGCUCUCAUGUCUCUAAUGGUGGAUGAUCAAGUCCGAUCUCUAAACUCAAAAUUACCCAGUGAUGAACGUGAAUCAGCUUUGACCAUUAUCGAACAUUCAGGACCUCCACCCGAUGCAUUCCAAGCAUACAUAUCUGAAAGUAGUGUACCUUGUGUUCUAGCAAUGUAUUACACUCUCCAGGUGGCAAGAAGUAGAGACAAAGUGGCUUUAACUCGUGUUUUGGGCACGCUUGCUGUUGGUCACGGCGAACGAUCAUUCGAAGAUCCUUUCCUUCACACUUUGGUUGCCCAUCUGAUUCCAAUGCAGGAUGAAUUUGUCAAUGAAAUGUUUUGCACAGUUGUUUUUGAUGAAUUUUUUUUUACAUCAAUUGGCAAGGAGAAUGUCGUCAGACAUUUAACAAAACUUGUGUGGUAUGUUCACCAUAAGCUACCUGCUGCUAGACUUGAUACCUUAAUGAAAGCACUUCAACCAAAUCCUCAAUCCCCUGAAAUCAUGCAUCAGGUCUAUAAGCAACUGGAGCAAAGAAUUGAAUCAUACCAGCUGAACCCAUCAUCUAUGACUCAAGGAGUCCACAAUGAUGACUCUGUGUUGAUGAUGAAUGUACCUACUCCAAUGUCAAUAUAGAAUAAAACAGUGUAUUGGUCAGGCA